AUGAACGUCGACCAGGGAAGAAUCGAACUCGAACCGCUCGUGUGGGUGGAGGGCAACUGGAAAAGGCCCUCAUCCGACUUGCCCCUGCGGCGAGUUGCCAGGGCGGUGUACUCUGGAUUUGUCUUGCGGUUCCCCGACGGCCUGCCCGAAGGCAUUCGGCUCAAGAUCGACUCCGCGCACUACCACCAGGGCAACGACGCGGACCACAAGACCACCGACGAGGAGGAGACCUGGAUUCUUCCCACCUACUUCCUGGGAGGCGAGCUGAGCACUCCCCGAGGCGUAGGGUGUAGAGAGAGGGAAAAGCUGAAGGAAGGAGACAACCAGCUUCGCAUCAACGCCAUCGACGAUGAGCAUGACUUCCUCGCGCUAACGAAGCCUUCCGUCCGAAUCAAAAUCAAGCCCACGUGCAGCUCAUGCCACCAGAGCAGCGGGGCCUUCACGCUGAAGCUCUGGAUCGUGGACAAGCAGGGGAGCAUUAUCGCCCAAGGCCAUUACCACCUGGGCAAGGUGAUCGCCAACGCUUCCACGAAGCGCCGUUGUCAGAAAACAGAGGCGGCCCAGGGAGAGCCGCCGAAGAAGAGGCGGAGGACCAAGGCCGCCGGUCGUCAGCCGCUUUCGCCCGGCCUCACGUCAUCGGCGCCCACCAGCCCUGUCUCCGCGGCCUCCAGCCGGCCGCCGUUCAGGAACAUCAUGCCUGCUCCCGACCUUUGGGCGUUUCAACCACUGCCAGGUGUCCUAUGGCCUCCACUCGGCCCGGCGCCGCCGCCCAGUGUCGUCCAGCCCCACGCCGACCCGAUUCAGUCUCCGGUCCCGUCAGGCGGCGGCACGAGUUCACCCGCGCCGUCGCCGUCGCCGAUGUCAUCGCCCGUCUCCUGCGUCGAUACGUCACCUCUCUCGAUCGAGUUGGAAGGUUUCUCAACAAGAGGACUUGCCAACUCGCCCGAGACAGCUGAGACAUGUGCGCGUGAAUCGCUGGAGGACGAAUUCAACGAUCUCGGCCCCGACCUCCUUAACCUCGACCCCUACCUCAUUGCCGAGUUGCUAGAGGGGUUCGAGAGGGAGAAAGCCCUGAAGUACUGA